AUUUAUGGAUUUUGCAUUAAUGAAUUUUUUUAUAACAGGAGGUGCUAAUGGGAAAGGCAGAUGAUUUAGAAUCAUUCCGAAUCAAUGCUGAUGGUUUUAUUUGUUCGGUUUUACCCGGAUUUUCUCACUCUCAAGUUCAAUAUUCUCCGGGUGGGCUCAUCUUCAAGGCUGGAGGAAGUAACAUGCAGCAUGUAACAUCCCUAUCUUUCCUGCUUUUGGCUUAUUCUAAUUAUCUAAGUCACGCCAAUCACGCUGUGCCAUGUGGCGACACUGCUGCUUCUCCAGCUCUUCUCAAGCGAUUAGCUAGACGCCAGGUGGACUACAUUCUGGGGGAUAAUCCAUUAAGAAUGUCGUACAUGGUAGGGUAUGGGUCGCACUACCCACAGAGGAUCCACCACCGUGGCAGCUCAUUACCAUCAGUGGCGUCACACCCGGCCCACAUCAGCUGCAAGGAAGGAUCUCGUUAUUACCUAAGUCCAAACCCGAACCCGAAUAUCUUAGUCGGAGCGGUUGUGGGUGGGCCCAAUAGCUCUGAUUCAUUUCCUGACUCAAGGCCAUUCUUUCAGGAGUCUGAGCCCACAACUUACAUCAAUGCUCCAUUAGUGGGCCUACUGGCCUACUUUUCGGCCCAUCCUUGAUUUCAUCAUUGUUGUGUAGACUGUAGAGUGGUGGCCACAAGGUCACCCUCUCCAUUAUUAUAGCAACAACUAUAAUUAUUAUUAUUAUUAUUCCAUUUUCCAA